UUCCAGUGCAGUUGGAAAAAUCCAUCCAGAAGACCAAACCGUCCACCCAAAACCUUGUUUUGUAACUACCAUUCUUUAUUUUUUGUUGAUUUUUGCCAGGAAUAAUUGGAUAUCCACAAGAUGCAAGUGUCGCAGUACCGAGGGGUGCUGUAUCUGCAGUACUUUCUUCUGUUUGUAGACCUUUUCAUCAAUGCAUUCUGUGACCUUCUCAGGCUUGACAAUGUCACCCAGCUUGUCCUCUUCAUAAUCCAAGACAUUGCUCAGAUCUUUGCCACCAUUGUCAUCUUUCUCAUGUUCUUCAACACCUACGUCUUUCAGGCAGGGCUGGUCGGCUACCUCGUCGUCAAGUUCAAAUUCACCAUCGUAAUCGUCUUUGUUUAUUUCAUGCUUUGUGUCGGACUGCAUGUUUGGACAAUGACGCUAAGAUGGAACAAUGUGGAUGCGUAUAUUUGGAACAAUGGAUACCAGGCCUUGUAUGUCUUUCAAAGAGUUGGUGCCGUAUUUUACUACUACUACUACAAGCGCACGGCGUUACGGCUUGGAGAUCCUCGAUUCUACCGCGACUCUAGGUGGCUCCGGGAACAGUUUGACAAAGUCAGAUGAAAAAGGACCUAACUCCCCUCACCUUCACCCACCAUCUCAGUGUGAUAUAUGUACAGUAUUUAUAACUUUUUGCCACUCAAAUCUUGAUUUGUUUUUGUACUGCGCAAUUGGACUAACAGAUUUUCAUGGAGAGGAAACCCACCAAGAUACUAUGUUGGAUAUGAUAAAUCAUUUGAAAACUGAGAAAAAUAAUGAAGAGAGUUAGAAGAAAAUCCAUUAAAUAAUAACAGAGUUAUGUAUUUGAAAAAUUUUGCUUUGGGAUUGUCACAUUGCAUGCAAGCAGCUUCCCCCAAUGUCUUUGAAUAAAUUCUAUAAAUCCUGAUAAUGUAGAAGAAAAGUUUGAUGUGCAGAGAGAAGCUCCACUUUCUGUAUCUGUGACAGUUGAUCCUGACAGGAUUGGUAGACAGAAAAUAUGGGAUUAGAUCCUGCAAGGACUACACUCGAUGAUUGUUAUGAGAUGUAAAGGCAACCCGUACGACUUGUCCAUGAUCCUAUUUUGGAACAAAUCGCAUUUUGCUAAUUUUCUGAAAAUGUGAAUUAAAGUUGUGCUUUUAUUUUAGGUGAAAAGUAACUGUAUGAAUACUAAUAUAACAAUUUUGGAUAAUUGCCAGCCUUUAUUUUGAAGUAAAGGCCAAAUGAGUUUCAAAUCGAAGCCAAUUGUACGAUUAGUAUGACGUAAUUGUGAAUAGAUACAUGUGUAUUGAAUUUGCUUUUAUUCUAAUACGGAUGAUAGCAUAGUCACAUAUUUGAACUUAGAUAUUCAUAUGAUUUAGAACAUUAUGAUAUUCCACGCCUCAACAUUGCCAUCAAAUUCUACAUUUUAUUCCAAAACCAGGUCGCGGAAAUCGUAAGGUGGGCAGUUAUUUUAUUGAUUUCAAGAAAAUCAAGCAAAUAGUUUGUCUAUCAAAAUAUAAAGUCGUAGGAUAAGUUCAAUAUUCAUAUUUUCUCAUAAUUUAGCCCUUUGGAAAAGCCAAGAUGUAUUUUGACUUUUUUCAUUUGCUUUAUUGCUGUCAUCACUGCAUUGCAUUUUUUUCAGAAGUGGUUUUCAAUUGAAAUUUGAAACCAAAAUUAGCUGUUCUACACACACAAAAAAGGCUAUCAGCACAGAUUACAAGUUUGCCGUAACAAGUCCUAGCACAUUGCUUCCGUCACACAAAAUGAUCAUAAAAUCAGAUUGCAAAUGCAAUUCAACUUCCCAAUGAUUAACCAGGAGCUGCUAAUCUUGAUGAGGCAGCUGUAGCAGGAGUACAUCUCUCCCCAUCUUACAAAGAGUUACGAUUGAUCCGAUUAAUCACAACUAUGGAAAUCCAUCAUAAUCAUAAUUU